GGCGAACAAAGAGGCGGCAGUAGCCGGCGGCCGAGCGGAGCCGAGCGCAGCCGAGCCGGGCCGAGCCGGGCCGAGCCGGGCCGGGCUGGGCCCAGGAGCGCGCGGACGAUGCGGCCGUCUAGGCGGGGGUCGGCGGGUCCCUGAACCCAGUGCCCGGGCAGCUAGGGAGCCCGCGCGGCUAAGCCACCGGCCACCAUGGCCGGGGUCAGCUACGCGGCGCCCUGGUGGGUGAGCCUUUUGCAUCGGCUGCCCCACUUCGACCUGCGCUGGGAGGCCACCAGCAGCCGGUUCCGGCCCGAGGACGCCGACUACCAGCAGGCGCUGCUGCUGUUGGGGGCCACCGCCCUGGCCUGCCUCGCCCUGGACCUCCUCUUCCUGCUCUUCUAUUCCUUCUGGCUGUGCUGCCGUCGGCGCAAAACUGACGAGCACCUGGAUGCCGACUGCUGCUGCACGGCCUGGUGUGUUAUCAUCGCCACGCUGGUUUGCAGCGCGGGCAUCGCAGUGGGCUUCUACGGCAAUGGGGAGACCAGCGACGGCGUCCAUCGGGCUACCUACUCGCUUCGUCAUGCCAACCGCACGGUGUCUGGGGUGCAGGACCGCGUGUGGGACACAGGAAUGGCCCUGAAUCGCACAGCAGAGCCCAGCCUGCAGAGCCUGGAGCGGCAGCUGGCUGGAAAACCAGAGCCCCUGCGGGCUGUCCAGCGGCUACAGGGCCUUCUGGAGACCCUGCUGGGCUACACUGAGGCCAUCCCCUUCUGGAGGAAUCCUGGCGUGUCCCUGGAGAUGCUGGCCGAGCAGGUGGACCUCUACGACUGGUACAGGUGGCUGGGCUACCUGGGACUGCUGCUGCUUGACGUCAUCAUCUGCCUGCUGGUGCUGGUGGGCCUCAUCCGCAGUUCUAAGGGCAUCCUGGUGGGGGUCUGCUUGCUGGGGGUCUUGGCCCUGGUCAUCAGCUGGGGUGCGCUGGGUCUGGAGCUAGCUGUGUCUGUGGGUUCCAGCGACUUCUGUGUGGACCCUGACACCUAUGUGACCAAGAUGGUGGAGGAGCACUCGGUGCUGAAUGGGGACAUUCUGCAAUAUUAUCUGGCCUGCUCGCCCUAUGCUGCCAACCCCUUCCAGCAGAAGCUGUCUGGCAGCCACAAGGCACUGGUGGAGAUGCAGGACACUGUGGUUGAGCUUCUGAGGAGUGUCCCACGGGAGCACCCUGCCACCAAGGACCCCCUGCUCCGUGUCCAGGAGGUGCUGAAUGGCACAGAAGUGAAUCUGCAGCACCUCACUGCCCUGGUAGACUGCCGCAGCCUACACCUGGACUACGUGCAGGCACUGACAGGCUUCUGCUAUGACGGCGUUGAAGGCCUCAUCUACCUGGCCCUAUUCUCCUUCGUCACUGCUCUCAUGUUCAGUUCCAUCGUCUGCAGUGUCCCACACACCUGGCAGCAGAAGAGGGGCCCUGAUGAGGAUGGAGAAGAGGAGGCUGCCCCAGGGCCACGGCAGGCGCAUGACAGCCUUUACCGUGUGCACAUGCCCAGUUUGUACAGUUGUGGCAGCAGCUAUGGCAGUGAGACCAGCAUCCCAGCUGCAGCCCACACAGUCAGCAACGCCCCAGUCACCGAAUACAUGAGCCAGAAUGCCAAUUUCCAGAAUCCCCGCUGUGAAAACACCCCCCUCAUUGGACGCGAGUCCCCACCGCCCUCAUACUCCUCCAGCAUGAGAGCCAAAUACCUCGCCACGAGCCAGCCUCGCCCUGACUCCAGCAGCAGUGGGCACUAGACCGCGUGCUGACCGGCCACCUGCCCCAUGUGCCAAUCACCCCCCCAGGCCAGCACUGCUGCUUGUGCCCCGCGGCUGCCUGCUGGACCCUUCGAACGCCAGCUUGGUCCCUCUGCUGCCCCUUUCCCUUCCUCUCCCCAUGCAGGGGGGUGGAAUGCCCACCCAAGCCUGGUCAUACAUCUGGACAGACACUGCUGCCACUCUGGCCUUCCCUGGCCACCUGCUCCCCACAUCUCACUGUCCCCUCAGGCUCACUAAGCCACACCAGGAGCCCCAUUCCUGAUAUACUCCCUCUGCAGAUGGCCCUCCCGACUCUGCUGUCUGCUGCCUGCCGCAUUGGGUCUCCCCCUGCCCUUCCCUUCCACAGUGCUGACCCCCCUCCCCUCGUGUAUCACUUCUUAGUUCACAGGCAGAGCAGCAGCCCCUCUGUCUGGCAUCAUUGGCCACAGAUGGACAGAUGGGCUCCGCAUGUAGGAACCCUCCACAUACCUGUCUCUCUACAGCAUCCGGCACCAGCCCCCUCAUCCAUGCAGCUGCCCUAACCACAAGUUCACGUCCUGCCAUCACCCAGAGCUGCUCUCCAAGGAGGCCUUUCUUCUGCCUCCUGCCCAGCAUUGCUUUGUCCCCCAGCAAGUGCUACCCUCCCCAAGGCACCCAGCCCUCCGUGGACAGCAAGUGCCACACAGCCUUUCAGUGCUGGCCACCUUCUUGGUGCCAAACCCUUUCUCCCCACCUCAAAGACUUGGCAGCUUCAUCUGGUUUGUUUUUUGCACUAACCACGUUUGUCAUCUCUAGGGCAGGCCAGAGCAGCAGCUGAGCAGUACCGCUGCCUUGGUCCUCCCUCGGUUCCAUUUUUACCCAGGACAGAUGCAGUGUCCCUGGAGCCCAGCCUCAGGGGCUGGACCUGAGCCAGCCAUGAAUGUGCACCCAGCCCCUGCUGCCCUUCUUGGGACUAACCACUAACCUCACUCCCAGCCUCCACGGGUGCCCCUCGCCAACCCAGAGCCAGCGAGUGUGACCCAAGUCCAGCCUGGAGCCAAGGCCCAGGAUGGCCAGCUGGAACCAGGGCUGGAGUAGCAGUUUCUUCAUGGGGUGCUGCUGGGGACAGGCUGCAUGCAGAUGGACAGGCAGCUCAGAGGGCCUGGAGACCCCCUCCCCUGCCCAGGCAGGUGCCGCCCAGGAGGACUGCGUCCGCAGGGUCUUGGGCUCAGGUUUCCAUGACUUCAGUCCCCCUUCCUGUGAAGCGGGAACAAGGCUUCCCGAUGGUGCUUUUGGCUUUGGUGUACGAUGUUUGCUGUGCUUCCUGCCAUUGUGGGGUAUAGUACCAGCCCCCAAAUUAGGACCUUGAGGUUCUGUCCUUUUGGCCCUAGCUCUGGCCUAGCAAGUUGACAUGGUAUAGUCUGGUUCAGGCUCUGGCCAUAUGCCAAGGCCAGAGUGGCAGGGCCAAAUAGACCAUGGCUCUCUCUCCUGGAGCAGCAGGCAGAUACCUGCCCAGAAUCACCCUCUCCUGGGGUGACCUUCAUCCUGCCCUUCUUCCAAAACCCUUCUUUGUGCUGGUGUCUGGGACCAAAAGGUGAUGGGCAGGGGAGGUAGUGGACCUAGAGCCCCCAGCCUGUGUGUGUGAGCCCCCAGUGUGAUCAAACCUCAUGGAAGGGACUGCUCUGCUCUAGGUGGGGAGCCACCGAGGCUGGCCAUAGCCAGCCUGCUUGGCCUGCUGCAGGCAUGUUCCUGGCUGCAGGCCUGGAGGGCAGUGCCUGCCGUGUGCUCCAGGACCCGCUCAGAAGCACAAGCGCUGCCAGCGGCUGAGAGCUACCCACAAGGUGAAUGUACAUAGCAUGAAAGGCAGGUGCUGCCCAGGUGUGGCCAUGAAUCUGUGUUAUCUUGGGAGUCCUGCCGUUGUGUGAGUGCGUGCGUGCGUGUGUGCGUGCGUGUGUGCGUGCGUGUGUGUGUACACGCACACAUGUGUUCUGUCUGUGACUCUUCACCCACUGAGGCUGAAGAAAGGAAAGGGGAAUAAGGGGUUCAUACCCCAAUCUCAGUGGCUCCUGCCCUUGGUUUUCUUUCUGUUCUGAGUUUUGGUGCCCCUUUGUUGACCACUCUCCAUGUCACCACACCUCCUAGGGUGUCAGGCUGGGAGCCUCUGCCACUCCCACUCAGCCCUCCUGGGCUCUGGAGUAUGCAUGUGGCUUGACCACGUGGGGAGUAGGAGGCCAUGGGGGCUUGGCCACCACUUCACCCCAGGGCCAUGCCUGAAUGCCAGGCCCUCCCAAGCCAGGUGAGGUGGGAUAGUACAAGGGGCCUGGCUGAGAACACCCUAAACCUUCCUGACACCCACCCCAUCUCACUAUGCAAUUCCAGGUCCCUACCAUUGCCCCCUAACCCAGGUCCUAUUCUGCCCAGCCUGGAGGGGGGUGAGUUGGCAGCCCCUGGCCCCAGUGACCAGGGCCUUUUGUGUGGGAAUCUUUGUUUAGCCAUGAUGCUUGUGUACCUGCCCUAUUAUUAUAUAUACGGUUUUGUUGAGUGCCCCCACCCCUGCAUUUUGCCCUGUGUGCAUUAACACCAAGCUGCACCGGGCCCACACCCCUCAGCCUCUGUAGGCCCGUGGCUGUGUGUCCUGUCGCUGUGUUUUUGUUUUCUAAAACUGGGUUUUGGGUUUUAUCUUUAUUUCUUUGGGGACUUUUAUUUUUCUUGGCAAAUACUAAAAAUCUCGUCAUUGUAAUUUCUGUGGUUUCUAUUCAGCUUGGGUUUCAUGUUUUAAAAAUAAACACAUUUU